AUGGGCUAUCCACUGUGGUUUGGAUCAUUCGCACCAUUUUCUUCUUCUGUAUUCCGCCUUUUGUGCCGCAUGGCAGACCACCUGUCAUAUUUCGGCAGAGGUGGUCUACAUUUGCACACAUCCACACAUGGGGAGACUAGGGAGAGGGUGUAUUCACAAAUGUAUGCGUACUAUCACAUCCACAGUGAGAUUAACUUCUCAAAAUGUCCGUUUAUGACACUAAAGAACAACUUCACUAAGGCUCCACCACUUUCACCAUAUCUUCAAAGCAAUCCCACCCACUUCUCCUCCAUGACGGAAUCGAGAACCCAAACUCACUGUGUUGAUGCGAGACAGACAACUAAUGACCCGACGAAAUACAACCCCGGACCCCAACUCAAUACACCCAAAUGCAUACGGGGACUUUUAAAAGGAAAGAACAUGCCGAAUAACAAUAACCUCAAACGAAACGGCACGAAUGAUGGCCAACUUGGCCCAUUCGGCGGAUUCUUUAAUCAUAUGGUCAUCGGAAGACAAACAUUCAAUUAA